AUGGCAGACCACCAGCGCCACCACCUCUCGCCGGAACCCGCCGACUUCGACCACCACCACAACCACGAAGACGGGAAGUCGGUCCACGCCGACGACCUCAAGCCCGCCUCCCGCGGCCGCCGCUACAACUACGGCGGCGGGGAGCACCACCCGCUCCGCGCCGUCUGCUUCGCCGUCCUCGUCCUCCUCCUCGCCGCGGGGAUUACCGCGCUCGUGCUCUACGUCGUCUACUGCCCGGGCCACCCGUCCCUCGCCGUCACCUCCGCCGCCGUCCUCUCCAUCUACAACGCCACCCUGGGCGCGGCAGCCGGCGGGGCUGUCGCCGGGCCCGCGCCCACCGCGCUGGCCGCGUCGUUCCAGUUCACGCUCGUCAUCCGCAACCCCAGCGGGCGGUCCGCGGCGCGUUACGACCGGCUGACGGCGUACGUGGCGUACCGCGGGGAGGCCAUCACAGCGCCGACGGCCAUGCCGCCGCUGGUGCAGGAUGCUGGCAGCGCCGUGGCGGUGGCGCCCGUGCUAGGGGGAGGCGUCGCCGCGCCGGUGCCCGUGUCGCCCGACACCGCGGCAGCGCUGGCGAUGGACGUGUCGUUCGGGGUGCUUGCGCUCCGCGUGGUGGUGCUGGGCCGCGUCCGGUUCGUGUCCGGGCCGUUCCGGAGAGGGUGGCACUCGCUGUACGCGCGCUGCGACCUGCUCGUCGGCGUCCGCAAGCUGGGCAACGGGGGCGGCGCCGCCGGACCGCUGCUUGGCAACCCGGUCUGCAACGUCGAUGUGUGA